GCCAUUUUGAGUGAUCUUGCAGGCCUGCAACCCCACUGAUAGGCCUCUGACAUUCCACAUUAGCGAGCUCGCCCAUUGGAGCACAGCUACUGUACCUUAAUUUCACCAAUUACAACAACAACUUGAACUCACAACGAGUUGAGGAUCCCUUUACUGCGAUCUGUUGGCAACAAGCUCUUCAGGCCUUGGUCGCUUAGCACUCCUUCACCUCAGCUUCUGCCACUCUGCAUCUAGUGGUUGCUUAUCAGGACCUGACCAUUGCCACUAUUGUGAGACAUGUGAGAUUUCGUCACCAAUUGGCUGCAAAGCUAUUCACACGGACACAUUAACUUUGCCCUUUGCCUUGGUGGUGAGCGCCUUGCUGCGCCCAACGUGUGUCCAGCUCGGCCAGUGGGCCGGACCACGCUGAUCCACUGCAGUCAGUCUCUCCACGGGGGGGUAACUGACAUCUCUUGCAGAGCGAGUUAGUUCCAGAGCCGCAUCUGGAAUGCUUCUCGAUCAACCAUGGCAAACAUCACUGAGCCACAGGCUUCGGAUGCAGACAAGCAACCCAGUCUCACAGCUCCCGGCCUAGAGGAGGCUAAGGGUAAGGCCAAAGCCAAAUAUGGCAAGAGGUCAAGCAAGGCUAGCAACAGACAGGCCAAUCGCAUGCACCGAGCCCUAGAGAAGCAAUUCUCUCAGGCCCAACGCUUGUCUGAGGGGGAGGGGCACAAAUCACCACUUCCUCCGAUUGCAGCUCCUGAGAUGGUCCAACAAUUGCUCACUUCACCAGAGCUUGGUCGCCUGAGUGGGAGCUUCAGCAGGUCUCAACACAGACCAUUGGUCAGGGAGGCACACCCCUCUUUGGAGAGGAUCUCAAGCUAUCAGACCCCUCCAUGGCAUGCACAGCAACCUUCACACCGACUGCACUGGGACUUCAUCUCCCACAGGGACCUUCCUUUACCGACCAACUGCAGUCAUUGAUUUCACAGGCAGUUAUUCAAGCCAUGACCUCCUCGGAUCACCAAAAAUCCCCAUUGGUGCCUACCACCUCAUCACGACCUGCACUGAUGGACUACACCGGGCCAGCUUCUCCAUCCCAUUAUCCUGAAUCUGACUCUUCCAGCGCUUCAGACUAUGACGGGACUGCAGACCAGUGGUCGGACUGCGAGGAGCCUCCACAAGACUCCCAGCCCAUGGCAGAGCUCUUCAUUGCUUCGCUCUUUCCCUCCUUACUUCUCAGGGCAUGUGCAGCAGGUAAGAUCACUUCUGACCCGGCCCCCACUCCGGAAACUUCCACUGGCCAGGAUAUGAAUCCCCUGUUCUCCAAACCGGUAAUUCGGCAUCAACAAAUUCCCUGCCCCCCUUUAUUCCUGAAGAAUAUUCAGGGACAAUGGGAAUCCCCGGCCGCACAACCAUCCCAGGGGGAGCUGAAUGUAAGAUAGUAGACAUGGCUCAAAACUUGACUGACCUAUUGGAGGUACCCAAAGUGGAUGAAUCCAUAGCUCCACUAUUCUCGGCCUCCAGUCUUCCAGCAGAUGUAUCUGAUGCCUUUAAGGCAGAGGAUAAGAAAUCUGAGAUAGCAUUUCGCAAAGCUCAUCAAGCAUCUGCGUGGGCUGCGAAGACGGCUACAGCCACUUCUUUUUUUGCUAGGAUUUCCCUCACUUGGCUUAGACAACUUCAGGAGAGGAUUCCCCUGGAGGAGGUCAGAGUCCACCAGGACCUGACCAAUUCAUAGUGACCUCGGAGUAUAUGGCGGAUGUGUCCUUAUACGCUGCCAAGCACUCGGCCCGAGCAAUGGCUUCCAGUGUAGUCGUUUGGAGGCUGCUUUGGCUCAAAAAUUGGGGGGCCGAGAACAAACACAAAUGGCGCAUGGCCACGGCUCCAUUCAAGGGAGGUAGUUUAUUUGGGGAGGCAUUAGCACCAUUCCUAGUGGACAAUAAACAAACGCAGAAGGUUAUUUCUCAUUUGUCUAGAAGAGCAAACAGGCGUUUCCUUCCCUAUGCCGCCACCAGUCCUUACGGACCAUAGCAACAAGCAUACUGUUCCCCUGUUCCUAGGGCAGACCGUCCAAUCGACAGGACGAAUUACUGGGACAGGUCCCGACACCAGACCCAGAACAAAUCUUUCUUUCAAGGCAGAGGGGGUUGUCCCUUCCGUCGCUCCAGGUGACUCAGGAGGGACCCCUCCCAUUGGCGACAGAUUUACCCUUUUUAUCUGCCAAUGGGAAAACACAACCACAGACUCCUGGGUUCUGCGCACCAUAAGAGAAGGUCUGUCCCUGGAGUUCAAAUACAUACCCAUAAACCACUUUAUCUCUUGUCCAGCCCUGAGAAACUCAACAAAAAGGGGUCUCAUGGCAAACGCAAUUUGGCAUCUACUAAGCAUCAAGGUCAUAGAGGAGGUCCCAGCGGACCAGGUAGGACAAGGGUUCUACUCCAUCUUAUUCGUAGUCCCAAAGUCUUCAGGGGGAUGGAGGGCAAUCCUGGACCUCAAGGCCCUGAACCUCCAUUUCCAGUAUUGGAAGCUCAAGAUGCAGACGCUCCAUUCCAUCUUGGGUGGCAUCAGGCGAGGGGAUUUCAUGACCUCAGUCGAUUUCACAGAGGCAUAUCUGCACAUCCCAUCAUCGCCAAUUCCUGCGGUUCUGUCAUCUCAACCGCCACUUCCAAUACAGAGCCCUACCAUUCGGUCUCUCCUCUGCUCCCAGGGUCUUCACCAAGAUCCUGGCGGUUCUGGCAGCAUACUUAAGAUUGGCCCCGGUACAUGUCCAGUGCUACCUGGACGACAUCCUGAUACAAUCAACCUCUGUCACGACCGCCCAGUCGGAUCUGGCCCUCACGAUCAGGACUCUUCAGGACCACGGGUUCUCCAUAAAUUUCAAAAAGAGCCAGACUGUCCCUCAACCCGCCUCUUAUACCUGGGUGUGGUAAGAGACACGGACUCUUGAGACACGGACUCUUGUCACAUGUUUCUGUCAGAGGACCAUCAGAAAAGCAUUCGAGACCUGGUCAUCAGAGUCCGCAGGGACAGGGUAGUGACGCUGGCUAUGCUUUCCCAGCUACUAGGGAAAUUCAUAUCUUGCAUAGCGAUAGUACCUUGGGCCAGACUUCAUGCUCGGACCCUCCAAUGGUUCAUGCUCCCGUACUAGAGACUACAUAUCAGCUCUUCCAACUGGUUGGUACAGGUCUCCAGUCAGGUGCUACGCUCUCUCAAUUGGUGGACAUCCUCAGCCAUGCUCGAGGAGACUCUCUUCAAGGAGCCUCACUACAUUCUUAUGACCACGGACGCAAGUCUGUUUGGCUGAGUUGCACAUCUCCAAACCCAGAUGGCUCAGGGCCAGUGGUCACGUUCGGACCUGAGGCACAACAUAAACUGGUUGGAGCUCAGGGCGAUUCAUCUGGCUCUCAAACACUUCCACAAGGUGAUUGGCGGAAAACAUGUGCUUGUCCUCACUGACAAUGUAGCUGCAAAGGCCUACGUGAACCGGCAAGGGGGCACCCGUUCCACGUCCCUCAUGUUGGAGGCUCAGACGUUGGGUUCCUGGGCAGAGAAGAACCUGCUUUCCAUCAGGGCCGAGCAUAUCUCGGGAGAGGCGAACCGGCAGACAGACUUUCUCAGCAGGUCAGUUAUGGACCAUUUGGAGUGGCGCUUACACCCGGAUCUCUUCAAGGAGAUCACAGACAGGUUGGGCCAUCUGAUUGUGGACCUCUUUGCCUCACCGGAGAACACCCAGCUUCCUAGGUUCUUUUCACGUUUCCCCUCUCGGGGCGGAGGGGACAGACGCACUACACAGUCCAUGGCCGCAAGGCCUAUUGUAUGCUUUCCCUCCUCUUCCUCUGAUCCCAGCAACUAUCAGGAAGGUCUUGGAGGAACAGGCAGAGUUAAUAUUCAUUGCACCCCACUGGCCCAGAUGGCCAUGGUUUGUGGACCUAGUGAGCCUCUCCGCAACUUAUCUGUGGCAGAUUCCCAACAGUCGAAUACGGUUAAUGCAGGGGUCCCUGCAACAUCCAGACCCCCAAUGGCUCCAAUUGGCCGCCUGGCAUUUGAACGCCGCACCCUGACUCAGCAGUCAUAUUUGUCAGGUGUGAUUGACAUGACUCAGGCGGCCAAGAGACCAGCGACUAACCGCAUCUACGAUCACAUUUGGUGGAAUUUCUGUCACUGGUGUGACAGGAACAACCUGAGUCUCUCAACUGUGACCAUCCCAAGGGUCUUAGAAUAUUUACUGGAGGGUGUUAAUAAGGGCUUGUCAUCCAACACCAUUCGGAGGCAGGUAGCGACCCUUUCCACGGUACUGUCCUGGGACAGUUCUCAACCCUUCUCUCAGCAUCCCAUGCUCCGCUCCUUCCUCAAAGGAGUCACAAAUAGCAGACCACCUGUGGUCCAUAGGUAUCCCUCCUGGGAGCUACAGGCCCUAACCGCCUCACCCUUUGAACCCAUUAGAACCUGUUCCUUGAGAUACUUGUCACUCAAGGUUUCCUUCCUGAUUGCCAUCAUCUCCGCCAAGCGUAUAUCGGAGCUGGCCACUUUAUCUAUCAGGAAGGACCUGUGCAUGUUUCACGAGGAUAGGGUGGUGCUUAGGUUAGAUCCUUCCUUUAUCCCUAAGAUUAACAUGGUGUUUCACAGAGCACAGGAGGUUAUCCUCCCAAAUUUUUGUCCCCGUCCGUCACAUGACCUGGAGCGCCAGUGGCACACAUUGGAUGUACGUAGAGCCCUGCGCUGUUACAUCAAGCGCACGGUGGCAUUUCGUAAAUCAGAAGCCCUGUUUGUAUCAUUUCAACCCUCUUCCAUGGGACAGAAGGUAUUCGUCUCUACCAUAGGCAGAUGGAUCAGGGCGUGCAUAGCAGGAGCGUAUGUGUCGCUUUCCCUGCCAGUUCCUAGUCAUGUGAUGGCACACUCCAUCCGUAGCGCUGCUACAUCUGCAGCGUGGGCAAUAUAGGCAUCCAUAGAGGAUAUUUGCAGGGCAGCGACAUGGUCCUCGCCUUCCCCCUUCAUUAGACAUUACCAGUUAGACAAGUUCGCCUCAGCUGAGGCCUCUUUCGGUAGACGAAUACUACAACAGGUAGUGACAGGACUAGAGACACAGACCCCAACUGACUCCCUCCCGUAGAGACUGUGGGGGCUUUGGUAAAUCCCAUUGGUGGAUUCUUCAGUCAUCAUGCUGGAGAAGGAGUGUUGGCUUACCUGAACGCCUCUUCUCAGCAUGAUGAUGAAGAAUCCACGCCCGCCCCUAUAGAGAUCAGUUAGGUCAGUGUCAGGGUGUUGUUUUACCUUGUACUUCUUGGAGAGUCAUCAUGUCGAAUUGUUGUCAUUGGCUCUGCCGUCGAUGAAACUGGGAGAUCCCAGGCAAGGAUAGGCAUGACAACUCUGACAACUUAGUCUGAUUGGGCAGGAGGACUGAAAUAACUCAUUGGUGGAUUCUUCAUCAUCAUGCUGAGAAGAGACAUCCAGAAUUUCUGCUGUCACAUCUAAUUCUUUCCUAAUAUAUCUGUCCUGUCCUGCCAGAGAGGGCUGCUGCACCAGAAAGAUGAAUGUGGGCACAGCUCACAGCGAAGUGAACCCAAAUACCCGAGUCAUGAACAGCCGCGGCAUCUGGCUCUCCUAUGUCUUGGGAAUUGGUCUCCUGCAUGUGAUUUUGCUCAGCAUUCCUUUCUUCAGUGUCCCUGUUGUCUGGACUCUAACCAACCUCAUUCACAACAUGAGUAUGUACAUUUUCUUACACACUGUGAAAGGAACACCAUUUGAGACUCCCGAUCAGGGGAAGGCCCGGCUGCUCACUCACUGGGAACAGAUGGACUAUGGAGUGCAGUUCACAGCUUCUCGCAAGUUCUUGACUAUCACACCAAUUGUACUUUAUUUUUUUACCAGUUUCUACACAAAAUAUGACCGGGUACAUUUCAUCAUCAACACCAUCUCUUUGAUGAGCGUCUUGAUCCCCAAGUUGCCCCAGCUGCAUGGUGUCCGUAUCUUUGGAAUCAACAAGUACUGAGUUCGGGAGGGGGGGAGGUCUUUUCUUUCCCCUCUCCCUUUUUCUGGUGAGCUGUGAUAAACCAGAGUGAGAACCCCACUUUCUUUGCUCUGCUGCAUCUUCAGGUUAGGAUUGCAGGAGAGCUCUUCUUCUCAAGGGGCACAUAUUGCACAGGAUUGCAAAAACCAGCAAAACAUAACCAGCUUUGGGCUUGCAAAAAGACAAGAGGAAGCUGAAACGUAUGAUAACUAAUCUUAUUAUUUCUUCUCAAGAAACUGAAAAUAGAUGCAGACAACACUGCUAUGUAAAAGGUACUUAUCAUUUGUUCUCUGGUAGGAAAGUAUUCUGUUCAGAAGGACAAUAGAAGCCUGAUUCAAGGCAACAUUUAUUUAAGAUGAUAAAUGCACUUUAACAUCAAACUGUCCCAUUGGGGGAGUUUGACUUGCUCAUUGAAGGGCUAUGUCAGAAAAAUGAAGCUACAGCCUAUGAAAAGAAUAGUCAGAUUUCUCUCAAUUGUUUAUAAAUACCUUUAAUGAUGUAAAGGCAGAAUUGGGGUAGAAGGAAAGAGGCAGGAAGCAGAUGAAAUGCUUGCCCUUGGUUUUGCAGUGGUGCUGCAGUUUGAAUCCCAGCUUCCCCACUGCACUCCUGGCCAGAGAAUUAUUGGCUGAAUGAUCAGCCUCUUGGAGCACAAAUAGCUUACUGUGAAGUUACAUGAGAGCAGAGAUGAAGAAGACAAGGAAUGUGGCUAGAAAAAACCACCAGGGCCUCAUUUCCAAUAUCUUUCUCUUUGUCAUAAAUCCAACAGUAGUAGUUAAAUUAUUAAAAUCUAUUGUUGAUUACUGCUUAUUUCUGACAGUGCUGAAGCUCAGAAGCUAGUGUCUCUCAUUACUCAUUGUGAUGUCUAGCAAGGUGAUGGGUUUGUUUUCUUUGUACCUACCAUCCAUAUAGUAGAACAGAUUUUUCACAAAUAUAUCAUUAUGUUAAAAUAAAAUUGAUCAUGUCUAGCAGCAACGGCGCAUCUAGCACGAUAUAAUCUUUACUUUUAAGGACUGCUUGCUAUUAGCCUAUUUCUUAUCAACAGUGCCGGUUACUGUAAGAAAGGAAAAUGGGUUUUUAUUUGGUUAAGAUUGUUAACCUAUCAUUUCUUCAAAAAGCUGCAAAAGGAAAAGGUUCAUUUAAUAAUGCAGAUUUCCUCAAUUUACAUACUUUCCAGAUAUGUUUCACAUUGAUUAUACUAGUUGGACUGCUACAUGAGUUGAAUUUUCACACAUCUUGAGGGCAUAAUCUGGGGAAAGGGCACUGCUACCUGGGUGUUUUCCUUCUGCAGCUUUUUAUUAGGACACAAGAAGAAAGAGAAAAGACAACACUAGAAGCUUAAUAGAUUAAGACAUGGGACGUCAACAUUUAAAAAAAAAACUCAGGCUGCAUUUGGGCACUGAAAAUAUUUUGGGUGGAUGAAUUUUGAUGAUCAAUAUCUUGGAUAUGAAGUUGCUUCUUAUUAUUAAGCAUGCAUUCUGUUAAGUAGAGUAUAAUUUAAUUGCCCCCUCCCCUGCCAAUGUGCAUAUAGUUAGUUAAGAAAGGAGAUUGCAGAAAAAAUUAACAUGGCUAGAAUAUUUUUUUGGCGUUAUUUGUUCAAGUUCCUAAAGAUUGGAGCCUGACAUCAGCUUCUAUUGUUUUAUUACUUAGCAUACACAUGGAUGGUAGUGGAGUUAAAUAUAAAAAUAAGCGGGAAAAACUUUUUUCAAUUAGGUAAUUAAACUCUUUUAACACUUCUCAGGAAACAGCAGCAUAUCUGAAACAUUUCUUCUGUUCCAGAGAGUCUAAGUAAAAUAGGUACUUCUUGUUAACAAAUAUUAACAGAUUUUGUAAUGAAACAUAUUCCAGAACGUAAAAGGACACUUAAAUGAUAAUGUGGGAGUUAUAUGCACUAUAAUGUAUGCAGCUUCAAAAAUUAUUCUACAUGGAUCUAAAAGGGAGGAAACUAGAAGUUAAUAAUGUGAAUAGAUAGUGAUCACUUUGGGGUUUUCAUCUUCCUAUUUAUAGUGACAAUAUUUUUUAUCAAAGUUGAAGUGCUUAGUGCUUGAACCAAUAAGCUAAUCUAAAGUUGAGCCAUAACCCAGUCUAACUCUAUGUCCUUAAAGCUUCCUCUCCAGAUAUUAGAUCAGUCAUCAAGUACUAAAAGAAAGAUAAUUUCCUCUUGUUUGAUUAAAUGUAAAAAAAGUACACGAUACAUGGAAAAUUCCUAAUUCUCAAACCUGAUCACAAUGACCGGGUCCUGGAUAAAGCUGCCCAAUGCCAACCUCAAGCUCUGGCAAUCACUUGUCUAGUGACUGGCAACUUUCUCCAACCCUUGGAGCCAUCAUGCAAGAUGACAUGACAGCUCAAAUGCGCUUCCCAAGUCACGUGAAGUAUAGCAGGAUUUCAAGAUCUUGUAAGAUUUUUGAAGGUUUUUGGAAAGAGAGGAGAGACGCUCUUAGAAUUUGGCAAGUGAUUUAUUGCUGAUGGUUAAUAAAGUAUAACAAUAUUACUACUGAUACUGACAAUUAUAAAGUGCUGACAUUUAAUGUUAUUCAUUAUGGAAUCAUCUAGACAGGAUGUUUCAGUUGUGGCAGAUCUAGCUCAAGAUUUACUAUCUAAAUCAGCCUUUUUGAACCCUCAUUUUGGCUAAAUGAGCUGAAGACUAUCCAAAUGCAGUGGUGAGGUUAUUUCGUUAGGGAAAUAAUUAAAGCCUAGAGAAGAAAAAUGGCUUUUCCUAAUGUAAUUUUUCUCUUAAGAGAUGUGGCAUUCCCAAUUCAAAUACAUUUAGCAAAAAACUGUGGCAAAUAACUCUGGGAGUAUUCACCCAAAUCCCAGCAUAGUUGAGAUUCUUCACUGCUAUUCAUUUCAGUAUGUCCUAUUUUUAUGCCUGUGUAAGACUUCCUUCACAACUUGGUGCCUCCAAAUGGGAUUGAGCAUCCUUAAUUGCCAUGAUCCUCCACCCAGUGUGGCCUUUGGACUGUAAAUCAGAAAACAUCUGGAGGAGUUUGGAUUGCAGAAAGAUUGUCAAAUACAUCUUCAAAGCAAAAUACCUUUAAGUAUCCAUAAAAAGAGAAGGGGCGUUGUCUUACCUGAAUGCCUUUUCUCUGCAUGAUGAUGGAGAAUCCACGAGUGGGUUGUCUUAACCUUUCCUGCUCAGAUGAUACUAGAAAGUCUGGUUCCUGCUGGGCUAGAGUGUCCCAGUUUUCGACCAAGGCAAAGCAACCGACGAUAGUCUGACAUGUUGGUUCCUCCUAUCCCUGACACAGGACCAGACGGCCCUUAAUGGGUGAGUGUGGAUCCUCCAUCAUCAUGCUGAGAAAAGGCGUUCAGGUAAGACAAUGCCCCUUCUCCAGCAUGAUGAGUGGAGAAUCCACGAGUGGUACAUACCAAAGCCACUCAUGUCCCUACGGGGGGGAACUAGUCUGUGCUUGUGUCCCACUAGAUGGAAAUACCUGCUGCAACACAAAGCAUCCAAAGAGGCAAACUUGUCCAACUUGUAAUGCCUGAUGAAGGAGGAAGGGGAGUACCAAGUUGCAGCCUUGCAGAUUUCUUCAAUGGAUGCCUGUGUCGACCAGGCUGCUGAUGUAGCCGCACUCCGGGUGGAAUGGGCCGUGAUGUGGCCGGGAACAGGCAAGGAAUGCAAUGUGUACGCACGGGCAAUGCAAGCCUUUAUCCAUCUUCCUGUGAUGAAAGAAGAGACCUUCCGGCCCAUGGAUGAGGGCUGGAAGGACACGAACAGGGCCUCGGACUUGCGGAAGGCCGAAGUCUGCUUGAUAUAGUGUCGCAGGGCCCUGCGCACAUCCAGCUUAUGCUACUGCUGUGGAUUGGGACAAAAAUUGGGCAGUACUACCUCCUGAGUCCUAUGAAACCAGGUAUUCACCUUGGGGAUGAAGGACAAGUCUAAACGAAGGACCACCCUGUCCGCAUGGAAGAUGCAUAGGUCACCCCUGACGGACAGGGCAGCCAACUCAGAAAUGCGUCUUGCUGACGUGACUGCAAUCAGGAAGGCUACUUUCAGUGAAAGGAGUCGUAAAGAGCAAGACCUGAUGGGUUCAAAUGGCGGUGAAAGUAGAGCCUGUAGAACCCGUGACAGGUCCCAAGAAGGGUAGCGGCGUAUUGUCGGUGGCUUGACGUUAGUCGCCCCCUUGAGGAAGGAGCUUACCACUGGGUUCUGGGCCAAAGGAACAGAAUUGUCACAUGUGAGCACCAUGGAUAAUGCCACUACCUGUCUACGGAUAGUGCUAAGAGUUAACCCCUUAUCCAGACCUUCCAACAAAUAAUCCAAAAUAUUUGGGAUAGUUACUGAGAGAGGUUGGAGGUGAUGUUUAGUGCACCAUAGGCAAAACUUCUUCCAUGUCACAUCAUAAAUCCUAUUUGUAGAGGGACAUCUGGAAGCCUGAACCAUAGAGAUCACCGUCAACGAAUAGGAUUGCCUGGUUAGGUUCCGCCGCUCAAGUGCCAGGCGGCCAACUGGAGCCACUGGGGAUCCGGGUGUUGAAGGGCCCCCUGGCUGAGGGAGAUACAAUCUGGAAGAAUCCUCCAUGGUGGUGAAAUGGACAGGUCCACAAGGUCAGCAAACCAUGGACGUCUCGGCCAAUGUGGGACAACAAAUAUGAUUGUCAUGGUUCCGAAAAGAAGCAGCUUUUCAAAGAACUUUGACAUCAAGCCAAAAACCACAAACUUUUAAAUCCAUUUAGGGGUCCCUUACCCCAGUCAUUAUCCCUAAGCUAACAGGGAUAGUUUGGCUUAACUUUGUUAGUGCCAAAGCUAUGCAGAAAAUAAAGGAUUCUUUAAGGUGAAUAAGCCUCAAAGUUCUUUGAAAAGCUGCUUCUUUUCGGAACCAUGACAAUGAUCUCUGCCCGUUCCUGAAGUAUCUUGCGGAUGGUAGCUGGAAUCGGGAAGGGGAGGAAAGGCGUACAGUAACCCCCCUGGGCCACCAGCUGCAGAGGGCGUCCAUUCCCUCUGCCCCUGGGGAUGGGAACCUGGAGAAGAACCUUGGGAGUUGGUUGGAGAGGCAAACAGGUCCAACUGUGGCUGACCGAAUCUGUCCGAGAUCUCCCUGAACAGAGCAGGGUCCAGGCGCCACUUGGAGUGGUCCACGGUAGAUCUGCUCAGGGAUCUGCCUGUUGGUUUGCCUCCCCCAAAAUGUGCUCUGCCUUCAGAGAGCAGAGGUGGACCUUUGCCCAGGAGUUCAAAUGGCGGGCCUCGCUCAUGAGGGACUUGGAUCAGGUCCCUCCCUGUCUGUUUACGUGUGCCUUUGCUGCCACAGCGGUGAGGAUCAGAACGUGUUGUCCCGCCACCCUGUUGGUGAAGUGGCGUAAGGCCAGAUGUAUGGCCCUGAGCUCCAGCCAGUUUAUACUGUGUCUUAAUCCGAGUGGGACCCCGACCCUGAGCUAAUUGUGAUUGGAGGUGAACCCCCCAGCCUAAUAAGCUUGCAUCUGUGGUCAAGGUGAGCCUGACUGGCUCCUUGAAGAGGAAUCCCUUGGCAAUCGCCGGGCAGGUCCACCACUGGAGGGAACAUAAUGUCUGGCGUGGAACCCUUACUCUCCUGUUGGAAGAGCUCAUGUUCAACUUCUGAAAGGGAAGAAGGAACCAUUGCAACUCUCUGGAGUGUAACCUGGCUCAUGGAACGAUUCCCAUCUUCCCCAGCAACUGUGACAGCACGACUAGAGGAACCACCCUCUCCAUUCAAACCCGGUGUAUUAAGAUCCAGAUGCUGUCCCGACAUUCCGGGGAAAGAAAAACUUUGCAGAGCUUCAAGUCUAUGACUGCCUCCAGGUGAAGGAGACAAGUUGAAGGGACCAUGUGGCUCUUUUGGAAGUUCACAGAGAAUCCGUGAACCUGAAGAGUCCUGAUGAUGAGUACCAGGUCCGACUGGGCUGACCGGAAGGAAUGGGACUGGAUGAGGAUAUCAUCCAGAUAACAUUGGACAUGCACCAGAAUCAUUCUCAGGUAGGCAGCUAAUACCACUAAGAUCUUUGUGAACACCCGUGGGGCCGAAGACAGGCCAAACAGGAGUGCUCUGUACUGAAAAUGCCGGUGUGCGUGGCAAAAUUGGAGGAAUUUGCGGUACUCGGGGAGGAUUGGAGCAUGCAAGUAAGCCUCCGUCAAGUCUAUGGAUAACAGGAAAUCUCCCCUCCUGACGCUGGCCAGGUUAGACUUGAGAGUCUGCAUUUUGAACCACUUGUAGGCCAAGUGGUAAUUUAGUCCUUUCAGGUCCAAUAUUGCCCUCCAAUCCCCUGAGGCCUUCGGGACCACGAACAGAAUGGAGUAAAACCCCUUUCCCCUCUGUUCCGUGGGUACUGGUUCUAUGGCCUCUAUCUGUAGUAGAUGGGUAAUGGCCAUGGACAUGAGCCUUGCUUUGGAAGUGUUUCUCGUGUUGGGGCAUGCUAGGAAACAUUCUGGAGGUCUGGUCGGGCACUUCCCAUAGUGGCUGAAUUCUAAGAAUACACCAAUGAUUCUUUAUCCAUGCGAGCAGAAAGAGAUGCCUAUCACACACAGAGCGAUAUAGUUUCUAUCUUUUGUACUAUAAUAGUUACCUUCAAAGAGUUAAUAGUUACUCAGUGUAGUCAUUAGGUUGUUCUAGUUCUUAUCUCUUUACUUUUAAUGCAAUUUAAAAUUUUAUUCUAUUUUAUCUCUUUCCUUUAAAAACUGAAUGACUGAUUCAGGACUACUGGUCUUAUGAACCUAAUAAAAUUAAAUAAUACAAUAGGAGCAAAUCCUCACUCCUGUACCACAUUGUUAAAAUUAAAAGCUUCAGUUUACGCUAAUACCUUAGAGUUUUGCUAUUAUUAGGCAUGAGAUAUAUUGUGAAUGCUGUCUUAUCACUGGAAUAAUGUAAGAUCCUCUUACUAUUUAGUAAUAAGUUUCUCUAUUGCAGAAUGGGAUCAAUUUCUAAUCACAUGUCUGUAUGAAGAACUACUCUAUAGAAUUUGUACUUAACCCCCUCAGAUAGAUAGAAUUAUAGAACAAUUGAACCAGACCCUAAAUAAUAUGUUAAAAAAAUAUGCAGCAGAAGAUCCUAAGUAUUGAGACAUGUGAUUGCCUUAUCUAUUAUUUGCAUAUAGGGAAAUUCUGCAAGACUCCUCUGGUUUCAAUCCCUUUGAACUCCUACAUGAUGGAUGACUCCGAGGAAUCUUAGAUACUGUACAUAACAAAAAACUGGACAAAGAGAGUGGAACGUUCUAAGUAUAUUGUGGGAUAUACUUUGAUCCAAAGGGAGAAAUUGACAAAGGUUCUGGAUGAGACUACAAAUUUUCCAUCCCUAGCUAAAGAAAUUUCAAUCAGCAUUCAGGCUCAUUGGCUACUGACUGAGCCCGAAAGACUUCCCACUGACCAUCACCUUAGGAAUGAAGAGAGGCUAACAUUGUUUCAGGCAAGAAUCAGGAUGCACUUCUUCCAUUGCUGUAUUAUGUUUAUAUUGCUUCCCUGCUUUAGAUUGCCCAGCUAAAGCUAUUGUUUGUUGGGGUGGGCCAAAAAUAUUUUGCCGUCUAAGAUAAAUGACAGGAUGACAAGACUGCCUCCACCCAGAUUCCAUGUAGAAACAGGAUUAGCAUUUGAAUCCUAUGUGGCAAUGAGGAUUAAGAGGUCAUUUUGACAUCCUGGCAAAUUACUUUAUGGUAAAGUAAAGCUUCAGGACAGUUCAUAUGACACACACACAGCUAUGUUUUCUAACUGCAAAAAGAAAACAGAAGGGAUGGAGUUUAGAAUUUCCACUGAUACCAGAUAAAGAUUGACAGACUGAUUUGGGCAGUCCUGCUAUACAUUACUGCAUACAUAAAAGUUUGAAGAACCAUGUAGCACUUCUAGAGAUCUAGAAAUAGAAGGGGGGUGGGGAACCCAGCUGGAUGCUUUCUCCAGCUUAGUUAAUACAUUUGCAAUAGUACAGUACUAAGUUCUCGAACAGUUUGAUAUCUACUCAAUGUGAGGGAAUAUAGGCUUCCUUUUAGCUUCAGACUAUGUACUUCACAAGAGUAUAAAACAAUACAAAAAAAUAAUCUAUUUUUAAGGUAUAAGCAUUUUAGGAAGGCAAAGGUAGCUGAGGCUAUCACAAACAGAAAUUUAUGAAAUGUGUAUGGAUUAUUCUUUAAUUAUAGUGAAAUAACGUAUUGCAUUGAUUUGCCAUUAUCUGAAAUUCAAUUUUUAGAAUGACCAUAUGAAUGGUAUUUUAAAUUAGUUUUAUCAGUUCCACAUUGAACCUCUUUGCAAUGAACAUAGUAUUAUAGCUAUAUUUUUCCUUUCUUUCCUAUCCUAUUCCAGCCUACCUUACACUACCCUAUCCUAUCCUUUCAUUUCUAGAUUUGACCUUAAUUUUUUGUGUAGUGAAGAAAUCCUUCGUCUGGAAAACUUUCUAAGACAAAGUGUGAAUAUUAUUUUUAUGAGUCCUUUCUACAGUAUUUCUAGACCAACUAAUAAAACAAAAAACAGUAUUCAUGCAAUA